AUGCCGCAAAGCGCUCGAGAUAACAGGCAGGUCUGUGAAAAGUCUCCUACUUCCAUGCCGCUUUUAAUUUUGUUUUUCUUAUUCGGAGUUGUGUUGGGAGGAUGUCCCGCGGGUACGCAAAAUCAGACCGAUCCCACGUCUUGUCUGGCAGUUGCAUUGAAUGAGUAUUUGACUUUUAAUUUGGCUGCUGACCGAUGUUUCAAUGAAAAAGGGCGAAUGGCAAGGCUGGAGAAUGCCUUUGACAAUCGAGCAGCUUCCAUUGCAGCUCAAAAACUGACUUUGUACGAAUAUUUCUACAUUGGACUCCGGAAAGUCAACGGUUCCUGGUUCUACCAAGACGAUGAAUUUGCCGAACUUCCGCUUUCGUAUGCGAAUUGGGGCCCCGGUGAGCCUGCUGAUAAACCCGGCUUUAACUGCGCCAUCAUGAAUACGCUGGACUCGAAAUGGUAUGCACGAGACUGUCUACAGUAUUACCCGUAUUUCUGUGAUCUGCCGGCGUUGAAAACACCCGGCUAUUGCACUGAUACGGCAAAAGCAGAUAUAUUCUUUAUGGUGGAUGGUUCCGGGAAUGAUGAUGAUCGGUUCUUGCUGCACGAAGUUUUGCGGGCCUUCAAUUCCGAGCUUCAGACGCAGUGGUAUAGUAAGUCUGGCUGCCAACCGGCGUUGUUAAACCAGCAGAACACGCGAGUUACAGGGAUGAUUUAUUACGGAAAUACAACGAUGGCUGGGCGACCUGUGCCCUAUUUUUGUCUAGAUCAUUUUGAAACGGUGGUCAGCGACACGAUAGCCAAUUUUUCGGCACCUGCUAUUGUUAGCGACAUCUCGGUAGCCCUACAAUCGGCUCAUAACUAUACGGAAGGGAAAGACUGCAACUGUCGCCGAACCGCGGCUAAUUAUGGAACAAAGCAGUUGAUGAUCUGGAUCCCAAACAGCGAUCAAUAUUAUACCUCUACAGCAGUUUCUCUCGAUAUGCUGUCGACUUGGAAUCACUUUCUGCUCCCAGUGAAAUUCACAAAGAAGGAAGCGACCCAACCCCUUUGGACGGAUCCAAGAAUGACAGAAAUUGUCCAGCCGGAUAGGAUGAAUUUUAUCCCAACGCUCGUCGAUACGCUAUGGCAAUUCCUAUGCGAUCAGACAGGCCAAACCGGCCCGGUCCCGCCUACUCCAUUCAUU